UUCUUCAUUGCUCUCCCUUUGUUUAACUUCUCUCUUUUUCUCUUUCUUAGGGUUCGGUGGGGCUGUCACGGUCUUGUUCUUUUUCUCAGCAAAAAGCUUUUGCUUAGUUUCGUCAAUGGCGCAGCAGGAGGUGCAAAACGGAGGAGUGGAGAAGGCAGUUGCGGUGAAGUUCACGGCGAUGAAGCCACAGCUGGUGGUGGAGGCACCGAAGGCAGUAGAUGCAGUGCAGUUCUACAAGGCCGCGUUUGGUGCUGUUGAGGCUGGCCGUACUGUAUACCCUAAGCGCAAGGCUGAGCAGGAGCUCCCUCACAUCCUCUCCGCUCAGCUUGAGCUCGCUGGCUCUACCAUUCUCGUAUCUGAUAUCGCUGAAGGCUCUGCUCUGGUGAAAACUGAGGGGAAUGGAUGUGUGUUCUGCCUCGAGACCGAGGACGUGGAAGCAGCUAUUGCCAAGGCCGUGAGCGCUGGAGCCGUUGCGGAAGGUGAGAUAGCUGAGGGUGACGGCGCGUGCUGUGGGGAUCGCGUGGGCAAAGUCAAGGAUCCCUAUGGAUACGUUUGGCUCAUCUGCACCCCCGCCAAGAAGUGCGUUGACGUGGAAGCGUAGAUGCUGUCGAUCUUUGAUCUACUUUUUUUUAACUCUCCUUUAAUUUAUCAGUGAUGGGUGGGACCCCGUUUCAGGAAAAAGGGCGUUUCUAGCCGGUAGGAUUAGGUGAUCAAUAGAGUUUAGGCUGUGGUAUUGGAUAUUUUGAUAUUGCUCAUCGUGAACCUUUGGUAGUUUUGAAGUGAAAAAGUAGAGACUGUGGGAUAUCUUUUAACCGACAGCUGUCUGUUGCCGCUAAUUAAAUUUCACUAUAUUUGCCGUUUUUAUAUA